UACGUAUCGUCAACAACACACACCAUGGCACCAACCACCGAGGAGCUCGACGACGUCCUCCUCUCCUGCAGGUAUGGAGAGGUCGAAGAGGUGCAGGAGUUUGCCACCAAGCACGGCUGGGAGGCGCUCACGGCUGCCAAGGACGAACGGGGAAACACCAUCCUCCACAUGACCAGUGGAAACGGACACCUUGACGUCCUCAAGGUCCUCCUCCCGCACGUCCCCGCCGCGCUCCUGCAGGAGGUCAACGAGGCCGGCUCGCCCGCCAUCCACUGGGCGGUGCUGAACAACCAUGUCGCGAUCGUGCAGGCGCUUGUCGAGGUGCCCGAGGAGAACGGCGGCGGCAUCCAGCUGCUGAAGCAGAAGAACGCCGCGGGACGAGAUGCCUUCUCCGAGGCCAUCUUCGCGGGCGAGGGCAAGGAGGAGGUCGCGGGCUGGAUCGAGGGCUACCUGUGGAAGAUUGAGGGCGGUGACGAGGAGGAGGAGGGCGCCGCCGCCGCUGGCGCCGAGGGCGAGGAGGAAGCUGCUGCUGCCGACGCCGACGAGACCGAGCUCGUGGUCAAGGCUGAGGAGCUCAAGGUUGCCGAGCAGGCUUAGAUUUCUCAUUCAUGUAUAUAUGCAUAGGACGACUGUGAUGUGUGAUGUGGUUGUG